AUGACGAUCCAUUCACACCUGUCCACACAAAUCAAAGAGGCUCAAUGGGAGGCCUUGCAACCGGAAAAUGUGACGGGUGAGGCAUUAAGAGGAAUGGAUAAAAACCUAGAAGUCAAAAACGACGGAGUUCGUUACCUCAUGAACCGAAUCUGGACACCGAAGUUCGGUGGUUUCCGAGACGUCAUCAUGAACGAAGCACACAAGACUCGAUACUCCAUCCACCCAGGUUCAGAUAAGAUGUAUCUGGAUCUCAAGAAGUUGUACUGGUGGCCAAACAUGAAAGCCGAAAUCGCUACCUAUGUAGGCAAGUGUUUGACUUGCGCCAAAGUCAAAGUAGAAUAUCAGAAACCCUCAGGACUACUACAACAGCCUGAGAUACCUGAGUGGAAGUGGGAACGGAUAACCAUGGACUUCAUAACCAAGCUACCCAAGACCACGGGCGGGCUUGAUACCAUAUGGGUAAUCGUAGACAGAUUGACCAAAUCAGCGCACUUCCUGCCGAUAAAGGAAACCGACAAGAUGGAGAAACUGACUAGGACGUACAUCAAAGAGAUUGUACGACUGCAUGGCGUGCCAAAAUCCAUUAUCUCAGACAGGGAUAGUCGAUUUACCUCGCGAUUCUGGCAAUCACUUCAGAAGUCCUUGGGAACUAGACUGGACAUGAGUACAACCUAUCACCCACAAACCGACGGGCAAAGUGAGAGGAUUAUUCAGACGCUAGAAGACAUGCUUAGAGCGUGUGUGAUAGACUUUGGUAAAGCUUGGGAUACCCAUUUACCACUUGUCGAAUUCUCGUACAAUAACAGUUAUCACACUAGCAUCAAGGUUGCACCAUUCGAAGCCCUCUAUGGCCGCAAGUGCAGGUCACCUCUGUGCUGGGCUGAAGUAGGUGACACGCAACUAGCUAAGGGACAAGUCCCUAAUAGCACCCUCACUGGCCCGGAGAUAAUAAGAGAAACUACAGAGAAGAUUCUUCAAAUCCGAGAACGAUUAAAAGCUUCUAGAGACAGACAAAAAAGUUACGCAGAUAACAGACGAAAGCCUUUGGAAUUCCAGGUUGGGGAUCGUGUGCUGUUAAAGGUCUCACCCUGGAAAGGUCUAAUAUGUUUCAGCAAGCGAGGAAAGCUGAACCCUAGAUAUAUCGGACCAUUCGAAAUCCUUGCCAGGAUUGGCCCGGUAGAAUAUAAACUACGUUUGCCACAUGAACUUAAUAACGUACAUCCUACCUUCCACGUAUCGAACUUAAAGAAAUGUCUAUCCGACGAGACCCUCGUGAUACCACUCGACGAAAUUGAAAUCAACGAGAGUCUCCAGUUCGUGGAAGAACCGGUAGAAAUCAUGGAUCGAGAGAUCAAAAGAACAAAGCAAAGUCGUAUUCCAUUGUAA